AUGUUCAAUUCACUCUUGGCGGGGCGAAGGAGGGAGGUGGGCCAGAGGCAAGGCGUUUGCAACGAGCGAUCGGAGGAGAAACGAGAGAUCUAAAAGAGAUUCUAAAAAGCGAAUCGCAAUGUGAUAUAUCCAGAGUGUAGGGACAAAGAGACAGCUACGACUCGGCGAGCCGGACUGUGGCGAGGAGCCGCCCGAUUGGCCUGAAAGGAGCCCUUGCCAUCCGCCGAAGGGCCCCUGUGAUCCCAUGGGUCCACCGGGCUAUCCCCCGAAACCGAAGCCUAAGAAGAAGCCGUUUUGCGUUAAAUGCCCAGCGAAGAAACCGUGCAAAACGAAAAAAUGCCAAGUUUAAUGGUUUAACCGCGACGUUCCUGAGACCUGUGUUCAAGCUCUCCACCGCGAUGUUCGGCAGCUUUCGAGCCAGAAGUCAGUGUUCUUUGGGAUCGUCUCUUUUCGACGCGUGCACACGCGCGAGAAACUUCAAUACUACGCCCGUUCUGCCGAGGGAAUCCAAGAACAUCGUCAGUUUGUCGAAAGAGUUGACGAGAUACUUGUGGCAAGGGCAAGCGAGGUUCUUUCGAAACGACUCUAUUUUAAGGAGCAAAGCACGCUGGAGGAAGCCACCACCUCCUUCUCCACCGUCGGACUGCUCCUCCAAGUCAGUCCCCGACUGUACGAAACAGACUCGACCGAGAGGAUCUUGCAAACAAUCGUACCAACGACAGAAACCUUACGUUUCGUCUGCGUCUUGUCGCCCACGCCCGAAGAACUCCAAGUGUCUGCAGCCUCCGACAACAUGUCCACCCCCUUGCUCCACGCCUCGUGUAAAGUCCAACGAAUGUCCGCCACCAAAAAUAUGCUAUCGGAAGUGUCCUCCGCCUCCGAAACCACCGAAGCCUCCGAAAUGUCCCAAGAUCCCUGCUCCAUCGCCACCUCCAUCGCUGCCCAGAGUACCCAAACCACCAAAGUGUGCGCCACCCUGUCCUCCACCUCCUCCACCGCCUCUACCCAAGUGUCCAAGUGCACCGAAGUGUCCCGAAUGUCCACCGCAGAGCGAAUGUCCGCCACCACCGCCGUGUGAACCUUGCCCUUGCCCCCCUCCCUGUCCUCCGUCGUCCUGUCCACCUCCACCCCCGUGUCCACCCUGUCCACCAGCCGAUCCCUGUCCGAAACCGCUUCCUUGUCCACCUCCUCCUUCACCCAGAAUCUGUCCGUCUUGUCCAUCGUGUCCAGAGUGUCCCAAAUCUCCUCCUUGUCCGUCGCCACGACCGUGUCCACCUUGCCAAGACACUGAGCCUUCCUGCCCCAAGGACGUUGCAUCCUGUCCGAAAAAUUGCGGAAGACCAACGAAGAAGGGUCUGACAAACGGGCUGAAGAAGAGGAAGUUCUCCACCUAUCACGCGGUAUCUAAAUUCGUUAGACGGCCGGUAAGAGCCGAUUGCAGGGAGUUCCAUACGUGCACGGGUAAGAAAUCCGAGAAACCGGCGAAAGCAGCCAGCUGCAAAGAUAUGGGUGACAUUUGCGAAAAUGGAGGAACCUCGUCCGUGAAAACCUCCGAACAGAGGGAUCCAGAGAACAAAACGAAGAAGAGCAAAAAGAAGGACGUGUGCGCUGGCAGAAAGCCAGUGAAACUGCAGAAGAAGAAGAAGAAGGAGGAGGAGAAGGAGGACGAAUGUGUGUAUAAGUGCAUUCGAAGGGGAAAGUGCGAGCAACCAAUUACUGGUAAACCGCUGAAAAUGGAGUACAAACCGGUCGUUUGUCCACCGCCAAAGUUUGCCUCGCCUGCACCCUGUCCGGAGAUCCCCGAGGCGGUGUACGAGACAGACCUAUGUCCCGAGACUCCACGUACCAAAACGAAGAAAGAGAUCUGUGUCCCGCCACCGGUGCCAAAACCACCGACAGACCCGGUAGUUCUCUGUCCUUGCCCGACACCGUCGAAAAUUCACCCUGGACCUUGUCCUUGCUACAGUGAAGAAACCAUCAAAGUCUACGAUGCCACCGUGUCCACGCAAGCAGUAUAUCUGUCGCAGGGAGGAGAUAAAGCAUUGCGUACUGGAGAAUCUGAAUUGCAAGAAACGCCAGACUUGCGACCCAAAGAGGAGAAAGAAGAAGGAAGAAUAGUGAAG